GUCUUGAGGAAUAACAUUUUCUUGCGGCGACUCUACACUUAUUCCUCCCACUCUCUUUCCUCCCCGCAAAUCCCGCUUUCGAGUCGAAAUUCACCAUGGUUUCCGCCUCCAAAGCUGCCCGAGAGGCGAAGCGCGCUGCCGAGGGCAAGGCGCCUAAGAAGACCGCUGCGUCCAAGUUGGCCUCAAAGAACGCCUCCAAGGCUUCAUCGGUCAACGGCGACGACACCCCGCCGCUCCAGGAUGGCGACGAGAUCGAUGCUGUUCCAGCCCAGGACGCAAAGGUGCUCUCCAAACUUGAGAAGAUCAAGUUGCAGGAAGAUGCCGACGGUAUCUCAGACCGUGUGACGACCGGUGUGCUGGCGUCGCUCGAGGCCAGCAGAGAUGUAAAGAUGACAUCCUGCUCGCUGGUGUUCCACGGCAAAGUGCUCUUCAACGAUACCACAAUCGAAAUUACCUACGGACGGCGCUACGGCCUGCUCGGUGAGAAUGGCUGCGGAAAGUCGACUCUCCUCAAGGCCAUCAGCAAGCGCGAGUUUCCCAUCCCAGAACACGUCGAUAUUUACCUGCUUAACGAGGGUGCUGAGCCCAGUGAUACUGGCGCUCUCCAGUGGGUGGUGAAUGCGGCAGAGAAUGAGAUGGCUAGAUUGGAGAAGCUUUCGGAGACAAUCCUUGAAGAGGAAGGCCCAGACAGCCCCAAGCUCGAGGACAUCUACGACAAGAUUGAUGGAAUGGACCCAUCCACAUUUCACACUCGCGCUGGUCAGAUCUUGACUGGUCUUGGCUUCAACAAGAAGACCAUGGACAAGAAGACAAAGGACAUGUCUGGAGGUUGGCGUAUGCGUGUCGCGCUCGCCAAGGCACUCUUCGUCAAGCCUUCGCUGCUCUUGCUCGAUGACCCGACCGCACAUUUGGACUUAGAAGCUUGCGUGUGGCUGGAAGAAUACAUGAAGAAGUGGGAUCGGACACUUAUCUUGGUUUCUCACUCUAUGGAUUUCUUGAAUGGCGUGUGCACGAACAUGAUCGAUAUGAGAUUCAAAUCGCUCCAGUACUACGGUGGUAACUACGACUCCUACAUGAAGACCAGAUCGGAGAACGAGGUCAACCAGCAAAAAGCGUACGAGAAGCAGCAAGAUGAAAUCAAGCACAUCAAGGAGUUCAUCGCAAAAGCUGGUACAUACGCAAACUUGGUGCGCCAGGCCAAGUCUCGCCAGAAGAUUUUGGACAAGAUGGAGGCAGAUGGCUUCAUCCAACCCGUGGCCCAUGCUCGUGUCUUCACAUUCCGCUUCGCAGACGUCGAGAAGCUGCCACCGCCAGUGUUGUCUCUUGACGAUGUUACCUUCUCCUACUCGGGCAAGAAAGAGGACACUCUGUACGAGAACCUGGACUUUGGUGUGGACAUGGACAGCAGAACAGCACUUGUCGGACCCAACGGUGUUGGUAAAUCGACUCUUCUGCGUAUUUUCACUGGAAAGCUCUCGCCAAACAGUGGCUCCGUGUCUCGACACACCCAUCUGAAGCUCGGCAUGUACUCUCAACACUCGGCCGAACAAUUGGACUUGACCAAGUCCUCUCUCGACUUUGUGCGCGACAAGUACCCCAACAUUUCUCAAGAUUACCAGUACUGGAGACAACAGCUCGGACGUUACGGUCUUUCUGGUGAGGCACAGACUGCGAUCAUGGGAACUCUUUCCGAAGGGCAAAAGUCGCGUAUUGUUUUCGCUCUGCUUGCUAUUGAAUCGCCAAACAUGCUUCUGCUUGACGAGCCGACCAACGGUCUUGAUAUUGAGACCAUCGACUCGCUGGCAGAUGCCAUCAACGCAUUCACCGGUGGUGUUGUUGUUGUAUCUCACGAUUUCAGAUUGCUCGACAAGAUUGCCAAGGACAUUAUGGUAUGCGAGAACAAGACAGUUACACGGUGGGACGGAACCAUCGGCGCGUACAAGAACUACCUCAGGAAGAAGAUGAUUAGCGCUGGUGCUGUCUAGAGUAUGAUUGGAUAUAUGCCAAGUUCAUAGAGGAAUGGAGCGAUGGUCGGACUGGCUUUGGUAGUGCACCAAGCAAGCCUGGACGGGCGGCUCUACUAGAUUGCCGGUUUCGCAUUGCAUGAGUGGGCAUAUCCUGCUUUUUGGUUUGGCGUUUCACGAUCAGAUAUAGAUACCAAAAGAAUGAUUUCGAGCAUGGCGCCGAGACGAUUUGAGGUGUUUG